CAUAUCUUACCGUAAGAUAGUUGUUAUCGUGUAAUUAAUCCAUUAUGACAAAUACUCCGGAUUUUCCCAGGUGUGGGUCAAGUCAAGCCCACUUCACCUUGCGCUUGACUGGGUCAGGAGGUCCGCAGCAGUUCAAUUGUGUCGUUGUUGUUGUUGUUGUUGCGGUGGUGGUGGUGAUUGCGGUGUUAUGGUCAUUGGAGCAUCAACACAUUCCAUGCAGCACUCUGCAGAAGGGAAGACCCCUUCACGCCAUUGACCAGAACGAGACUGAAGAGUAUAUCAAGUAGCCGAGCAAUGCAGGUUUCUGCAGGCCAAGGUCUCCCUAGACAUGGGUGGUGGGA